UCUGCAUUCCCGCCUGGCUGUAGCACUGAUCCGUAUUCGAUUUGUUUACGCCGUACAGCGCACGGACUGCAGCGAGACAACAACAAUAGUACCAUCGGAAUAAACAACAAGCACAGGGUAACAUGGCCGGCUUCGUGGCGGUGCACACAGGGGCUGGCAAUUGCAUCGAUGAGACAAAGUACCAGCGGGUGAUAAAGGAGGCCUGUAUCCGGGCCACGGACAUCCUCCGGAACGGCGGAACAGCAGUGGAUGCCUGCGAGGCGGCCAUCAUACGGUUGGAAAACUGUGGCUACACUAACGCCGGCUAUGGCUCCAAUCUCUGCAUGGACGGAUCCGUUCAGUGUGAUGCCGCUAUAAUGGAUGGAUCCAACCUUAACUUUGGGGCCUGCACAAAUGUCAGUCGUGUCAAAAAUCCUAUCCAGCUGGCACGCCGGAUAUGCGAUGCCCAAGCAACUCCACAACUCCUGGAGCGCAUUCCACCGAUGAUCCUGGCGGGCAGUGGGGCAGAGCGGUAUGCCGACGAGGUGGGCUGCUCCAUGGUUGAGCCCUCUGUGCUAAUCUCCGCCAAGGCAAAAUUCCAGUUCAAUCACUAUAAAAGCAAGUAUGACUUGGUGGUGGGCAGGUUGAGCAAGGCUCCUUCUGAAGAACCUGUACCUGUUCCUGAACCCGGCAACGAAGUGGAACUAUCCGCCGCCUUGGACACCGUGGGUGCGGUAUGUGUGGACGGUGCCGGAAACACUGCAGCGGGCUGUAGUUCUGGAGGAAUUUUACUCAAAGUUCCUGGAAGAGUAGGGCAGGCGGCUACUUACGGUGCCGGGUGCUGGGCCACCGAUACCGACGAGCUGGCAAUAGCUACCUGCACGACCGGCAACGGUGAGUACUUGAUGAAAACACUGCUGGCCAGGGAGAUCUGCAACGGUGCCUUCAGCAGCGACUGUGCGGUAACCAGCCUACACCGGACGUUCAAGCAGAAGUUCCUCGACUCACCCUUGCUGCCAAGACAGCAGGAUCUCUAUGCCGGCGCCCUGACCCUGCUCUACUAUCCGAGCCAGAGCAGCGGGGAGGUGAUGUGGAGCCACACGACGCAGUCAUUUUGUGUCGGCUACAUGGCCACCACCCAGAAGGUGCCAAAGUUUGUGCACUCGCCGCUGCCCACGUACAGUGUGCCGGGCAGAUCGUGCGUCGUCAAUGGCCAUAAUUUCCAUUUGCGCAUUUAGAAGAAGCCAACUAGUCUGGCCGCCGGAUUCGCAUCGUUUUCCGCCCUCUCUCUUGGCUGUUGCUGGUCCCCUCCCUGGCCAGUGGUCACCGUGGCCGCCCCUGUCUCUUCAGCAGCAUCAUCUGCUGUUCAUUUGAUUUAAUGUUUAAUUGCCGCGACAAUCGCUGCCAACAGUGCCCGGAGGUGAAGGAGAAUAUGCUUUGUCUUGGCGCAAUAUAAAGAUAAUUAAGCGAAAA